AUGGUCGCAGCGCGCCACGCCACGCCGUGGGCCGCACCCGUGCGAGCUGAGGACCAGGGAGAACCAGGACGACGACGACGACGGAGGAAGGACGAGGAGGAGGCAGAAAAGGAGCCUUGGGGAGCCGGAUGGUCGUCGCACCAGAAAUCCUGCUGCAGCGACAGAGUAUACAAAAGGUUACCAAUCGUGGUGCCAACCCACGCCACGGAGAGCAAAGAGCAACCCCUGGCUCUCCUGCGCCAAGCGGCCAAAAAAAUCAUGGCCCGACCGCACGCGGAGGCGAGGAACGGUGCGCGAAACACUCGUCUCUGGACGAGGCUCUCGGGGCAGGAGAAGGAGUGUGGGUGA